AUGUCAGCUGCGUUGCCUGAGCAUGAGGGUGAUGGCGUGGAGGUGGCAGAGGACGAGCUGAAGGCUCUGCUCUACUCGCCUCAGGAAGGAGAGUGGGGCGCUCACACGAGAGAUGAAGAGUGUGAGAGGGUCAUCUUUGGCAUCGACCUUCUCCUCACACUGGAUGUUGCCAAGGCAUUCGCAUCACCUGUAAAUCUGCAAGACUACCCUCUGUACUGCACUGCCGUUUCUUACCCCACUGACCUCAGCACCAUCCACAAACGACUGGAGAACCGCUACUACAGGCGGAUCUCUGCGUUAAUGUGGGAGGUGCGCUACGUCGAACACAACGCCCGCACUUUCAACGAACCCCAGAGCCCCAUUGUAGCAACUGCCAAGGUGGUGACUGACAUUCUCCUGCGCUACAUCGGGGACCAGAGCUGCACGGACAUCUUGGAUCUGUACCACAAGCUGAGGUCUGAGGUCAGCAGUGGAGGAGAAGAGGUGAG